AUGGCGCCCUCCAAAGAAAUGGCUCUGCGGUCAGACACGACCGUGUCCAAGGUCAACCCCGAUCAGACCCUCAAGGCGUCCAAGGCGUUACUGGCGCACAUGAAGAAGGCUGCCAAGGAGACUGCUGAAAACGCCCCCAAGAAGGACCUGCUUGCUGACGACGACGACGAGGCCGCCGCUGGCGAGGAGCCCAUCUGGCUGACGCUGACGACGAAGCGGCACAUCUCGGACACGCGGUCUCUCAAGCCCGGCAAGAUUGCCCUGCCGCACUCGCUCAACACCGACCCGAACCUGGCCGUGUGCCUCAUCACCGCGGAGCCCCAGCGCGCCUUCAAGAACCUCGUCGCCUCGGACGCCUUCCCUGCGGACCUGCGCAAGCAGAUCACCCGUGUCAUCGACUACAACAAGCUCAAGGCCAAGUUCAAGACGUUCGAGGCCCAGCGCGCCCUCUUUGCCGAGCACGACGUCUUCCUCGGCGACUCGCGCAUCAUCAACCGCCUCCCGGCCACCCUCGGCAAGACCUUUUACAAGUCGACCGCGAAGCGCCCGAUCCCCGUGACCAUUCACGCGACCCGGCCGUCCGAGAACGGCAAGCGUGCGCCCAAGCAGGCCAAGUCGGACGAGAACCCGGGCAACGCCUGCACAGCCCCGCAGCUCGCGGCCGAGAUCUCCAAGGCACUGUCGUCCGCUCUGGUCAACCUCUCACCCACGACCAACACGGCGGUCCGCGUGGGCCUGGGCAGCUUCACGGCCGAGCAGGUCGCCGCCAACGUCGACGCGGUCGCGGGCGCUCUGGUCAGCAAGUUCGUCCCGGGCAAGUGGAACAACGUGCGCGGCCUCUACGUCAAGGGCCCGACCACCGCGGCCCUGCCCAUCUGGCUCACCGAGGAGCUGUGGGUCGACGCCGACAAGGACAUCCUCGCCGAUGGCUCCGAGGAGGCCAAGGCCCUCGAGGCUGCCGCCGCCGCCGACAAGGACAGCAAGAGGAAGAGCAGCAGCAGCAGUGAAAAGGCCAACAUUGGCAAGAAGCGCAAGGCUUCCGGGGACGGGGACGACGAGCAGUCGGCCACUACCACCACCGCCGCCGCGAAGAAGUCGAAAAAGUCCGAGGUCGAGGGCAAGCUCCUCCCCGAGGUCAAGACUGGCGGCAAGGGCAAGGGCAAGGGCAAGAUCAGCGGCGGCAGCGGUGCUGCUGCUACUGACAGCAAGGCCGCCAGCGACGACAAGCUCGACAAGGAGAUUGCCGAGCGCAAGGCCGCGCUCAAGAAGCAGAAGAAGGCGGCCAAGAAGGCCGUCGAUGUCUAA